AUGACAGAUAUAGAGUUAGAAAAUAAGAUAAUUAAUAUUAACAAGAUAGAUGGAAUAGAUGAAGAGGAGAAUAGAAUAGAGAUAGGGUGUACCUUUAUAUACAGAUUAAAUAAAUUACUUUCUUUGCUUUCUGAGGGUUUUGGUAAUAACUUUUUACUAAAGAGUUGUUUUAUUAAUUAA